GAAUCAGAAUCAAAAAACGACGUGGUCAACAUUCCAAUCGGACCACGUGAUCUUUCAGUUUUGCUGCAUUACUCAUAUCAGUUGAUUUUGGUUUGGUCAACGUCGUCGCGUAAUGAUAAAAUAUGAAGUGUAAACACUUGAAAUGAACUUGGCUUGGGGCUGCAAUUUUAGUUUUACUCUCGUCAAUCUCGUCCAGUCAUUAGUUAAGUUGAAUACUAUCGAGAAAUACGUUAAUUAUGAUCAAAUUUGAUUUAUAAUUGAUAACUUUUUUGCAACGUUUCUAAAGGUAGAUAUGUGAUAGUGGUAAAAUACUCGGAAAAAGUUUUUUGCUACAUUUGAUGGGCGUUAUGUACACGCUCUUCACUCUUCUGUCCAAGAUUGGGAAACAAAUCUGCUCAAGCGCAAAUCUGUACGUUCAUACUUUUACAGGGUUUGUUCGGUAUUGAUUUUGUGAGAAUUUUGUCCCAAGAAGUACCAAAUUUUAAUGUGUACGCUGUGAUCCGAUGUUGUUUGUCGUGUUUCGCGUGUGAAAUGAAGUGUGUUUGAUUUUUUCGCUAUCGCUGUAAUAUUUGCGGUGUUUUCAAAAUGACAAAAGACAGGUUACCAGCAUUGAAAGCGGCUCAAAGUGACGAUGACGAGAUUCCAGAGGACGUCGCUGUCACGGUGGAGCCCCGAGAUGGAUUCAUGGAUGAGUUUUUUGCAGAGGUGGAAGAGAUCAGAGAGAUGAUCGAUAGAAUACAGGCGAAUGUGGAAGAAGUAAAGAAAAAGCACAGUGCAAUUCUUUCUGCACCACAAACAGAUGAAAAAGUAAAACAAGAACUGGAAGAUUUAAUGGCCGAUAUUAAAAAAACUGCCAACAAAGUUCGAGCUAAACUAAAAGUGAUAGAACAAAAUAUAGAGCAAGAAGAGCACACGAACAAGUCCUCUGCUGAUCUUAGAAUUAGAAAAACACAGCAUUCCACUUUGUCUCGUAAAUUUGUCGAAGUGAUGACUGAAUACAACAGAACUCAAACUGAUUACCGAGAACGUUGUAAAGGCAGAAUUCAAAGGCAAUUAGAAAUAACUGGUAGAACCACAACUAAUGAAGAACUGGAAGAAAUGUUAGAACAAGGCAACCCAGCUGUUUUUACGCAAGGAAUUAUAAUGGAAACACAACAAGCUAGGCAGACUUUAGCCGACAUUGAAGCCAGACACGCGGAUAUUAUAAAAUUGGAAACUUCAAUAAAGGAACUGCACGAUAUGUUUAUGGAUAUGGCUAUGUUAGUUGAAAAUCAGGGAGAAAUGAUAGAUCGUAUAGAAUAUCACGUUGAACAUGCUGUAGAUUACGUUCAGACUGCCACACAGGACACCAAGAAAGCUCUUAAAUACCAGAGUAAGGCUCGUCGGGGUGAAUUAGUUGACAGAAUUGAGAACAAUGUUUCAAACACAGUAUCUUAUAUUCAUAAUACGGUUAAAGAACUGAAAGUCGCCGGCGAAUACGCUACAAAGGCGAGAAAGAAGAAAAUUGCCAUAAUGAUAUGUAUAAUAAUCCUGGUGUUAAUAUUAGUCGGAUUUUUGGUGCCAAUGAUUCCUGGUAUCUAAUGAUGAAGUCUUUAAAAAACAUUAUCGGGAAGAAAAACAAGACCAUUCUGAGGAAGAGUAGGAUAAAUCAUUCUUUUAGUUUAAUACUUAAAUAUAAAUAUUUCCCUUUAUAUUUCACUUGUUUGUUACAUACUAUCUGCAUUAAGUAUUCAAAAAUUAGUUAAUUUAUAUUAUUAAUUCCAUUUUUAAUAGGUAUUUCUUAUUACCCUACCUAAUUUUUUUAUUCCGCUCUUUGUUUUUUUUUCUCAUCGCGAUGAUAUUAAAGAAUUAUUCGUGCAAACGAUAAAAACUUACUUAAGUUUACUAUUUUUCGAUUGAAAUUGACAUACUUAUAUAGUUGAAAAGUUCAUAAAAUUGGCUUCCUAAAGAACUCGUAUUAUUGGACUACUGAGUAUGAGGAAAUAGAGCGAAAAUAACAGUAUUGAAACUGCAUUUCGCUGUUAUUAAAACAAAGGAAAGAAAGAAAGAACCCACGUUGAUCAAUAUGUUAUUGAAAAAUGCUCCAUUACGUUUGUAUUUUUAUUAUAUACGUAUUUUUAUUUUUUACUUCAAAAUUACGAUAAUGUACCUCUAUGCAUUUUCGUUAUUAUUAUCCAUCGUAUAGCAUCUAUAUCGUUCAAAUUGUCCUCACUUUUUAUUUAUUCUUUUUUAUGAUUGAUAUUCGCUUACGCCGCUAAUCAGUUAAUAUUUUACUCGCGCUUAUUAUAUUUUAAUUACAGCGGUAAUGCGUUUUUUUUCUCUUUUUUUUGUACAGUUUAAUCAAUUUUUUUGAUCAUAUUUUUUUUCCUUUUUUGUUUUUUUAAAGUCAUCGUUAUUAAUUUGUGCGGCGUCGUGUACGAUAUAUUUAUUUUGAAAUUAAAUUGAAACAUCGAAAAAGUAUAAUACUUAAAUAUAUAUAUUUUUUUUAUUUCAAUUAACUUAUUGAAAAUGCACACGAUAUCAUACUGACGCUCGAAGUGUGCUUCAGGAUUUAUUUACUAUUCGAAUUUGUUAAAAAAAAAAAAAACAGCCGUUUUAAUCAAGAUAAUGUGUUUUUUUAUCGAUUGAAAUUAAAUUCGAUGAUUCAAGAUGGUCUAGAUGUUGAAAUCGCCCUUUAUAUUUUUCCUGUCUUUCAGUGAAAUUAAUGUAUUUGUUCAGUUGUAAUUAUUGAUAUAACUACUUGUUACUUACUUAUAUAAUUAUCGUUUUAAAAGAUCUAAUUGUUAUGUAAUUUUAAUGAAACAAUUCUUUACUACUUUUUUUUCAAUUUCCAAGUCUUCAAUGUCACGUAUGAACUUAUACGUUGAUGUGUGACUUAUAUAAGGUUUAAGAUUUUAGUGAUCUGUUGAUUACAUACCUACGUUGUUUUUGAGAUUUAAAAAAAAAAAAUGAUUUUCUUCAUUUGUGUUUCGUACGUUAAAGAAAUUUGUGUUUGCGUCCUUGUAAAUUUGUAUUUAUGUUGAAUUGUUUGUGAAAUUUCGUUAUUUUAUCUGUUAAUUUUUUUUUUUUUUUAAAGAAAUUAUUUUAAAAUAUUUUGUAAAUCUAUACACAAGUUUCUUUGUUUCAAAGUAGACAUAAAAAAUGAAUACGUGCAAUAAGUAAGCUUCUUGUAUAAAGUUUUAAUUAUUCUCGUCUGAGAUGAGGAAUUCUAAAUUUUCAAUUCGGCUUUAUUAUUUUUUCUUUUUGUUUCGUUUCGUUUUCUAUUGGAAAUAAAAAUUGUACAUGGAGAGUUAGUUAUAUAUUUGUUAUUUUAUAUUUUAGACAUUGACAUAUUAUGUGCUUCUUGUUUUAUUUUUUGUACAUAUUUGAACAAUUUUUUUUCCUUGUUAAAUUGUAAAUGCGAAACAUUCAAUAUAUAAGGAAAAGAAGUAUGUUAUAUGAGAUACGAUUGACAUCUUAAUCGAAUCGAAUUGGUUUUCCUUUUUUUUCUUUCUUUUUCAUUUUAACAUUUUAAGGAUACUUUUCAUUACUUAAACAUUUAUAACCGCUUAUUCGUCUUUUUUUCUCCUGUCUAUCCAUCUAUUAUCUACGUCUUGAUUUUUUUCCGCAUAAUUGUACCUUUUAUCAUUUUUUUAAAAAAAAUGUAAUCGUAUACGUUAACGGAAAAAAUCUUUUUUCAUUCGUUAUUUAAAAUGAUAUAUUAAAAAUAUUUUCUCGUUGAGUUUUGUGAAUUGUAAAAAAAAAUAUAUGAGAGUUAUUUUUUUGUUUAAUUUUUUUUUAAAUUGUAAUAAUUAUUUUCUUCUUCCUACAACGAAUAUUCGCUCGGUUUAAAUAAAUGGGUAAUUUCACGUUAACGUAUUUACUUGUUACCGGAAUUGAAUACCUUUAAUAGAAGAUAUAAGCUUUUUUAUAUUAUUAAUUUUUAAUUACGGAAAAAUUUAGUUCAUUAAAAUGCUCUAAUUAUUGUCGAAAUUCAGAAUCAAUUAAUUAUUCUUUUAGAAGUAAAACAUAUCUAUGUCAGGUUUUUACAUUUUUGUGCGCCAACGAUUUUUUAUUGUUUUGAGCGCAAUUCUGUGCCUUUAUAAUUAAAAAAAAAAUAAUAAUGAUAAUGUUUUUAAUAUUAUUGUUAUAUAAGUAGUGAUAGCUUGCAAUUAAAUUUUUUUAGUCUGUUUAAUUAUUUUUUGACUGGAAAAAAUUGACUCCUGCAGUUAAUUUUAGUCGACUGAUGAACUUAAUAUUCCGUUGUUAAGUGUAUCUCUUAUCCGCUCAAUUUCAGUUAAUUUUUAAUUUGUUGCUUGAAUAUUUAAAUCAGUUUUUAGUUAGCUCGUUUUUUUUUUUUUUUUGUUUUUUUUUUUUUUGUAUAAUAUUUUGAGUUGACUUUUUUUGGUCGUGUUAUCGUUUUCAUUGUAACACAGAUUUUCGACGAGUAUUUCAUUUUGUUGCUGUAUUAUUGAAAUUUAUUAAGAAUCGUACGUGAACAAUUUGCGAAAAAGAGACGAUCAAUCGAAUGUGGAAAUUUUUUCAUAUACAUUUAUAUAUAAUAAUAUAGUUUUUUUUUGUUUGAUUAUGGUUUAAAAAGAGUUCAAUUUUACAUUGUGAUAUUGUAAUGUUUCCUAUUUUAAUGUCGCAUGAAAAUAAUACUCAAGUUUCUUCGCGUAUAUUUAAAAUACGGGCGGUAGAGUGUAAAUUAUUUAAAAACGUUUCCGUUGAAGUUAUAUAAGAAUUUUUUCAAACUCAAUAUCAGUAUUCAGUAAGUGUUAGAGACACAUGAUUUUUUUCACGUAUUUAUCGCUGAAUUUUAGAAUCCCAUCGCGAUUGUACUUACAAUUGAAUUGCAAAGCAAUAAGAAAAAAAAGUAAAUAUUAGUUCCGCUUACGUAUUUUAUAUGAUCGAGUUUCAUGUUUACUAUGUACUAUACUAUAUAUUGUCCCCAGGGUUCGUUUCGAGUAAAAAAUUCAUUAAUAUUUUUAUUUAAUUAAACGCAAAAUAUAAACAAAUUCAUUUUUCUGUUUUGUUUCUCUGUUUUUAACAUCGAUCCCGAGUGUAAGAAAAAUUCAACGUAUAAUGUAUAACUGCGUCAACUUACCAGGAUAAUCGUUUAGAGCACGCAUUUUUUAAUAGUUUAACAAAAAUGAAGACAUUAUUGCAUAAUUGUUUCUAGUUUAUCAUUUUUUUUCCUUUUUAAUGUUAUCAAUGAAAUACAAAAAAUGACAAAAUCAGA